GGAACCUACUCUAUUGAUACUAACUUUAAUGAAAUCAUGAAAAAGCCGGAUUCCUUCUGGAAGAAGUCAGUAUUCUUUCCAAUAUUUCUUAAUGUGAAAACACCAACGCCUUGCAUUAUCGUCCCUAGUGGCUAAAACAAAAGCAGGGAGACCCUUGGUUAUUAAACAGGGUAGGACAUCCCGAAGAAAUGAUAUUACUGACGCACCAAAAUCUAUAAGAUGCGACGUAUAUUAGCUCAAUGUAGAUUGAGCAGCCCAAGGAAGACAGAAUACAACAACGAUAUCAAGAAAGAAUUUGCCAGCCUAGAGCAUUUCUGGGAGAGCUUCCGCUACGAUAAUGUAGUGCCUGGGGAGUCGGUGUCCAUUGACAGUGAGAUUAUAUUGAUGGCAGAUAAAGCGUUUGGACGAGGAAGAUGGACAUUUUGGGGCUCCCAUGAAAUUUUGAGCGAAAGCAGUCGCCGCUUCAGGGAAGAGGGAGAGGAAGUUGAAGAAUGGAAGUUCGACGUCAGGUGUCGAAUGACUGUGGAACAAAACGGAAGGAGAGUGGAUGGGUUCGCGGAAAAUAAAUCCCGGAAGGUAGUCUCAGCAAGAGCGGAUUCCAGACAACUGUGUAGGCAGUCUGCUUUUCGGAAAGUUGAUGAUGAGGCGUUGUUGAAUGCUCUUCAGAAGCUUCCCACAGUAUCGCAAGCCUUGGAAGGACAUAAUUUACGUGAUUAGAUGAACCAGGGACCUUGGCCACUGUGUCCAGAUUUCUGUUAUUGACAAUCCUGAUGUUAUGGCAAUGUAUGGCGAUGGUGUCGUUUAUAGACAGCUGAUUUUGUAUCAUGUGUUUCUUGUAUCGAGAGCAUUGUCAUUUAUGACAAAUCUGCUGAUGACUUAGAAGAAAUAUGUCAUAGCCUGAAUAUACAAAGUACGUUGCCAUGAGCAUGGUAAGUAGGGCAAAUACAGUGUCUUCUAACUAACUCUCUCUUCAACUAUGGCCUUCCAGCGGGUGACGUCAGUAGUAGCAUGGUUUGAGACUAUAAAUAAUGAUGCUUUGCUAUCAAAAAUAGCAGAUGAACAGUAGAAAAAUUGGUUACAUAGUUCGACUGGUGACCAUUAUAUAAUGUACGUAGGAUGCAGUCGGC